AGGACAAAUCCCCUCAGCAGAACCUCGUGGAAGAGGCUGUUUUGAGCGGCCCCAUGGUACAGGAAUGCAACGGGGAGGAAAAGGCACAGAGAUCCCGCCCGAGGAGGGGCUCCAAACCCAUGCCAGGGUGCUCCGAGGAGGAAGGACCCACCCUGUGCCAGGAAGGCAGCCAGAGAUGUGGCCAGAGCUCUGAGCUGGUGGUGCAUGAACAGCUUCACAAUGGCAAGAAGCUGCACCAGUGCUCGGAAUGUUGGAAGAGUUUCUACACAAACUCUGGCCUGCUCCGGCACCAGAAGAUCCACACUGGGGAACGGCGCUACGAGUGUGGGAAAUGUGGGAAGCGCUUCAGAGACACCUCUGGCCUGAUGAUCCACCAGAGAGUCCACACUGGGGAACGGCCCUAUGAGUGUGGGGAGUGUGGGAAGAGCUUCACUCAAAGCUCCCACCUGAUGAUCCACCAGAGGAACCACACUGGGGAACGUCCCUACGAGUGUGGGGAAUGUGGGAAGAGCUUCACUACCAGCACUAGCCUGAUCAUCCACCACAGGAGCCACACUGGGGAACGGCCCUAUGAGUGUGGGGAGUGUGGGAAGAGCUUUGCAUGCUGCACCAGCCUGAUCCGCCACAAGAGGAUCCACACUGGGGAACGGCCCUAUGAGUGUGUGGAGUGUGGGAAGGGCUUCACUAGGAGCUCCUCCCUGAUCGUCCACCAGAGGGUUCACACUGGGGAACGGCCCUAUGAGUGUGGGGAGUGUGGGAAGAGCUUCGCUGUCCGGUCCAGCCUGAUUGUCCACCGGCAGAUGCACAGCGGAGAGAGGCCUUAACAGCGUUUUGAGUGUGGGAAGAGCUUCUCCCAGAGCUGUGCCGUGGCCCAAGAGCAAUGGAGGCAGCAGGAAGGGAAGCCCUACAAGUGCCCCGCGUGCGGGAAGAGCUUUGUGCGCUGCUCCAACUCCAU